GGACUACUAUGUGCUGGUCUCACUGGCGCGCUCUGCGGGCUGCCUCGCUGUUGCGGAGGCGGGAAGCUCCUAUAAUGGCCCUGGAGAGACAGACUCCUAUCACGCGAUGCAGUGAUAAUGGAUGUAUGAUAACAACAAGGACAUCAGCAACGCUCAUUAACGCGCGGAUGUUAAUUGCUACGGAUGCACAGACUGUCUUCGAGGAAGGCUAAAAAGGUUCACUCGAGAUCAUCACUCGAGAUAAUAACAGGGGAGCUGCAUGGAGACGGAGACGGCGUCCUCCUUCGCCAAGAAGUUCCUCGCGGACACUUUGCAACUCAGGCAUCAUCUACUGCGACAGGCUAUUGGAGGACGGCCCCACGUGACUCAGGGGUUUACCCGUGUUGCCAGACAAUUAAAUACGUGAGGACAGUUCUGCGUUCGAGUCUGACGAACUUAUCGCGCGCAGAAAAGAGCACAGUGCAGGCCAUGUGUGGGACUUGCAAGACCAUGUUUUCCUUCAACAACCGCAUAUACCCUAUUCUGAUGUGACGAACUACGAAUGGGAUUCGACCUCACUGCAUGGACCAGGUGGAGCAAACUGACAAUGGCUUGGUGAAAGCUAAAGGAGCUAGCACUAAAGGCAGCAUCUUCUUCAAGACUGUGUAUCCUUGGAUGAGAGAGGCACAAUCUACUCCAAGUCCUGAAACACCAAACUUCUGCCAUUCAGGUGCAUCGGCGUGCAGGAGCAGCGAAGCCUGCUCUCCAGAGGGAGUGAGGAAGAAUGACAGCGGCCCUGGCAGGAAGCGGGGGCGCGCCGCGUUCACCUCCUCUCAGCUCCUGGAGCUGGAGAAGGAGUUCCACUACAGCGCCUACCUGUGUCGCCCACGGCGCCUCGAGAUGGCCUCUCUGUUGAAGCUCACUGACCGGCAGAUCAAGAUCUGGUUCCAGAACCGCCGCAUGAAGUAUAAGAAGGACCACAAGGGCAAGGCAACGGCGUGGCCAGCGCACACCUGUCAGGGCGCGGGUAUGGUGGGCAUGCCAGCGUCCUCGGUGCCGGGCGGGGGCCUGGCAGAUGUGGCGGCCUCGCACAACCUCCAGUACUUUGGGCAACCGGUCUCCGUGGUGACCCGCGCUCACAGCGGUUACAGCGAGGCUGCCUACAGGGACUGGCUCCUGCUGGCGAAGUCAGCGCCGCCGGUUACCGGCUCCACUCUGGACGUCGGCGCCACCCCUCGGCCCGUGCCCAGGCCUAACGACUCACCCCUGGCCUCACUCCCGGAGCUCUGCCCACACCAGCAGGACGAAAGCGGUCUCUUGGCCCCUCCAGCACUUGCGUACCUGUGACCGCUUCCCCCUGGAGCCAAUGCACCGGCCUGACCAUGGCCGAGCGCUCCUCCAGCUCCAAUAGCUCCCUCGCUGCCCACACCCCUGCCACACUCCUGCCACACCCCUGCCACACUCCUGCCAAGCGACACUCUCCAGCUGCCAGCACUCCGAGGACGGGCGGGAUUUGUUGCCCUCGGUUGCUGAUUUACAGGCAGAAUGUUGACUUAGAGCAGCCUUUCAGAGCCAAGUUCACUUUCAUGAGCGAGACGCCAGAGGAGAAGUACAUGUUAUCAGCCAGUGUGCAGCAAAGCUGGGAGGGUUUCCUUUGUGGAUAAACUACAGCAGACUGUGAAGAGCACUGAGAUUUAUUGCACAUGGACGUCAGCCCACUUCUAAGAGUUUAUCUACUGGGCACAGAAAAUACCGUGUGUAAAAACAAAAAAAAACAAAAAACAAAACAAAAAAAACCCCACAAGUAUCUUUCUGUCAUUAGCAAGUAUGUCUUUUUUUACUUUAAUGCAAAAUGAGCAAAGAUAAUCCAUUAUCUCAGGCAUGGCAAAACCAUAUUUACACACUUAAAAACAAAUUGUGGACUUCAUCAUUUAAAAUGUUUCACCUUUAAAACUGAAUUGAUUCAUUUCAAUAUUUUGCCUUGUAGACUGCUACAUAAAUGUUCCUACAUGAGAUUACUUUGCAGAAGUUCAGUCAACAAUAACGGCACCACUAAAUACCCUGGAAUACUUAUUUGUGUAUGCAAAGGCACAAAGCUGCAAUGUCCAGGGCUUUUUCACUACUCUGGGGGAAGAAUGCACAUAUUUUGCAGGUGUCCCCUAUGCUGUAAUAACUUGACGGUAAUGAGGCAGGAACAUGCUAAUGCGUUCAGGUCACACGAACGUUGUCAUUACGUAAGACCGCAGCUAUUAAAGAUGUUUAUUCAACAUCACUGUAUUCCGUGACUAAUAGUGAAUCUGAACAGGAACUACCUCAAGUGCCUCAAGUCUUCAGUACAGGUUCAAAUUCAGGCUGUCUUUGUCUUCACAUACAUGAAAAGACAGGAAGGAAGUUUUAAUUCCGAUUUUAAAUAGAAAAAAACAACAACAUUGUUUUCAUAUAUGUGCGUUUCUGUGUUCCUUAUUCAAUCCAUGUAACUGAAUAAAUGCAUGUAGCACAAA